AGUGUAAGGCAGCUUCAGUCAGAGGAGUCCAGAAGUAUUCUUUAUCAGAAGCCAUGCAGGGUGCUGUGGUGGUGGUGCUACUGCUACUGAGCUGCGGCACCAUCCAGCAGAUGAUCUUUGUCUUAGAAGAUCCAACAGCAGCAGAGCAGCACUGUCAAGAUUACAGCAGCACUUGCUCAGCUCUGACAGACACACAGGAGGUUGCAGCUAUAGAUGAGGUGACCAUUCAGCCCAGGAUCAGAGUAUCAUCCAGACCAGAAAAUCCCCUCCAAGACACAACUCUACAGGCUGGUCCCACUGAGCUGACACCCAGACUAGAUCCAGUGAGCAGCACUUCCCCUCUGAAGUUACAUCCUCAUCCAAAGGAUGUAGACACCAAAGUUGUAGUAAAAACCCACGCUAACACAGACACUAAGACUGUAGGCUCAACCAAUGGAGAAAAGGGUAAGGAAGUAAAUAAAGCUGGAGAUACCGAACCACGGCCUCCCUAUCUGACUGGAAAUGAGCAGUUUUCUAAUGUGCACCCUAACAUAUUAGGGACAAUGAAGGAACCUUGGAGCACAGGAGGAAGGCAUCAACCGUUCGUUAAAGCAAAGGAGAAGUCCAGAACAAGUGAAGUAUCAGUCUGGGAAAGUAUUGAGAUAGUUAUUUCAAGCCUUAAUGUUCAACCUGAGAACCCCACAGCUCCAGGCGUCUUAUCAAGAGAUGCAGAAACUGCAAGUACAGAAACAUCUUUCUCCGACGGGCCACGGUUUGCUACUAGAUCUACUCUUAUCUCAGGCCCCAUCACAGAAUCAAGGUUUGUCACUUCCAGCGUCUACCCUUCAUCUGAAGGAGUAAGGGAGGCACGACAGGAGGCAUCACCAUUAGUCUUUAUACCUCCAGUUUCAGUGGACCCAUCAGCUAAACUCUCAACUCAGACAGAAGGAAAUGUAACUGAGGACUUUGCUGUACCUCAGAAAGAUCCAGCCCCAAACCUGACUGUUUUAACUCCCACACUACAAAGUAGAGAAGCACUAAGUACUAGGAACAUUGAGGGUGAGACGGGUAAUGUUUCAGCCAGUGAGAUAAAAGAAAAAGAGAAUAUGGAGGACAAGUUGCAAACUGUUUCACCCCAAACAGAAACAUUACCACAACAACGAUUUCCAGGUGGAGAGCAGGGGAGUGGGACAGAGACAGAUGAAGAAGAGAUAGAUUUAGAGGAGGAUAAGGAAGUGCAAAGACAUGCAGAGAUGGAAAAAGAAAGUUAUGAUAAUGACAUUGACAUUUCUAAGGAUUAUAUUCAGACCUCACCUGAUCGGAUCUCCCAGUUCAGCACUGACGACGCCUUCAUCCAAUCAGAGACUGAACCCCCGCAGCAGCCUGUUAAAGCAGCCAAUCAGCAGCCUACAUACACAGUCAGCCAUCACGGGGCAGAAUUGAGACCUGGGAUCAGAGGUCAAAGGAAAAAGAAGAUCUAUAAAAAGCUGAUUUCUUCCUGGCCGGGCAAUCCUGGACCACAAGGUAUGCCGGGUCCCCAGGGCCGACCUGGGCGAGACGGGACCCCAGGAGAGGAUGCUGAUCCGGGCCCUGCAGGCUUACCUGGAGAACAGGGUCCCCAAGGCUACAGAGGAGAGAAGGGUAGCAAAGGGGAGCUGGGUGAGUGGGGUUAUCAUGGGGAGGCUGGACCGCAGGGAAACAGUGGACAAAAAGGAGACAAGGGAAAUAAAGGAGUCAGAGGCGUCGUUGGUGUCCCUGGCUACAUAGGACUUCCUGGAUCCAGGGGUCCUCCUGGUUUUCUAGGAUCAUCAGGACCUCCGGGAGAGAUUGGAGCUCAAGGCUUUGGUGGACCACCAGGCCCACCUGGCAAAAUGGGCCCCAGAGGAGUAAAAGGUGUCUUAGGAGUUAAAGGACCUCCAGGUCAUCAAGGUGAACUGGGUGCCAGAGGCGCAGCUGGACCACAGGGAGAGCCUGGUCCUGAUGGAGAGGUUUGGUUUCCUGGUGUUCGUGGCCCUCAGGGAACUCCAGGACCAGAUGGACCUCCAGGUCCUAAAGGAGACCCUGGUGAUACAGGAGAUGAAGGGGACAUUGGAGAACCUGGACCCCCUGGACUUAAUGGAGCCAAUGGGAAUCCAGGAAAGCCUGGACCCUCAGGUGAUCCUGGGGAAAAAGCCAAGCGAGGUGAGAAGGGUGAUCCAGGGUUUAAGGGAGAACUGGGACCUCCAGGGCCUCCAGGUAAGCAAGGAUUUAAGGGCCGUCGAGGCCCUUCAGGACUUGAGGGACUCGGAGGACCAACUGGGUCACCAGGACUUCCUGGAUCCAGUGGCUUUGAUGGCAUCAUGGGGGAGCAAGGGAAGCAGGGAAAAGAUGGACUGAAGGGAGAUCGGGGGCCAAACGGUAUUCAAGGAGUUCCUGGGCCUCGAGGCGACAAGGGUCGAGAAGGUCGAGCAGGAUUUUCUGGGUUGCCAGGUCCAAUUGGAGAGAUGGGGAAAUCUGGAGAGAGAGGACGUGAAGGAGAACCUGGUAUUAAGGGAACGUCUGGAUUCCUUGGAGUGACUGGACCUAAAGGCCUAAAGGGAUUUCAAGGUCCUUCAGGUAACAGGGGACAGGAUGGACCUCAUGGAGCCCUGGGACGCAUUGGUGCAAAUGGAAAUAAUGGCGACACUGGACCUCCAGGACCAAAAGGAUUGCCUGGGAAGACAGGAGCUCCUGGCCACCAAGGACCCGUAGGGACGAGUGGAGAAGCUGGCAGCAGAGGAUCAAAGGGCACACCAGGAAAGCAAGGACAGAGAGGGGUUAAAGGUAAAGAAGGCCCAGGAGGGCUUCAAGGAAGUGAAGGCUUAAAGGGUAAGAGAGGUGAGGAGGGACCAAGGGGGAAACAAGGCCGCCCAGGUGAGAUGGGCAUGCCUGGACCACAGGGAUACAGAGGAUCUUCUGGUAUCCAUGGUAACAUUGGACCAUGGGGUGAGGUCGGGCCCCGUGGCCUUCCAGGUGACCAGGGGCCACAAGGUCCUGUUGGCCCGCUUGGAGUUACAGGUUACCCAGGUAAAGAUGGACCUCACGGAACAUUUGGAUCCGCUGGUGUCAAAGGAGAUAAGGGAUCCAGAGGAGCUUUGGGGCAGGAGGGAGUUGCUGGUCUCGAUGGUGAGGAGGGUCCAGUUGGACUGAAGGGACCUGAGGGGCCAGCUGGACAAAAAGGCAUAUCUGGUGACAAGGGAAACAUUGGGCCUCCAGGACAGAAAGGGCCAAAGGGAGCUGAAGGCAACAGAGGCAACCAAGGGCCACAGGGAGCAAAGGGGCCACCAGGGAAACAGGGAUACAGGGGUUCACCAGGGGAUCGAGGAAAACAUGGAGUGCCAGGGCUCAAGGGUGAGCCAGGUACCAGAGGUUCAUCAGGCAUGCCUGGACAGUUCGGACCAGGGGGCAACCCUGGGGCAGCCGGGGCCAAAGGCCAGAUAGGGCUCCGGGGGCACACUGGCCCCCCUGGCAGUAUAGGUCCCGCUGGACAAAUUGGACCAUCAACACCAGGUUUGCCAGGCAAGAGAGGUGUUGAGGGAAAAACUGGAAUCCCUGGACCAAAGGGCAGUCACGGUGAAGCGGGCAAGCUCGGUCUUCAAGGCAUCAAAGGAGACAUGGGCAUUAGAGGUCAAACAGGGGCGAAAGGAGAGCCAGGGACAAGAGGCACAAUGGGGACUGUGGGGAAGAUGGGGUUCAUUGGCACUUCAGGUGCUAAAGGUCGACCUGGACCUGCUGGUCCUCCCGGUCUUCUAGGAACUAAAGGAAUCCAGGGGCCAAAAGGAAAAGGAGCCCAGCCUGGAAGGAAAGGAAAAAAAGGAACUCCUGGAAAAACUGGAGCUGAAGGCCCGCUAGGUAGACCAGGACCUGUUGGACGACCUGGAAAACCCGGCCUAAGCGGUUUGGAUGGGUUACUAGGGGUUGAGGGUAAUGAAGGAGAUCCGGGUGAUAUUGGUUUCAGAGGAUCUCCUGGAACACCUGGCAGGCCUGGCAAAAUGGGAAACCCUGGAUCUCCUGGGAUCAGUGGGAACACUGGAGCACCAGGGUUCAAGGGUAAAGCUGGACCAAAAGGAAAAGGCCCACCUGGACCAAUGGGGCCAAAGGGUAUUCCAGGACUGAGAGGAGAGAAGGGCGAGUAUGCAAUUACUGGUCCAAAGGGUCUCCUAGGUGACAUGGGAACACCAGGACCAAUCGGGCCACCUGGGCUAAAGGGGAAUCCUGGUUUGCAGGGCCUGAAAGGCCAAAGAGGUCGUAAGGGAAAGCAGGGGGAUACUGGUCCUCCUGGUCCAAGGGGGCGAAAAGGCUUUCUUGGACUCACCGGUCAGCUUGGAAAGAAGGGAAUGAAAGGUGUCCAAGGCAGGAGAGGACCAAAGGGAGUGAAGGGCAAGCAUGGACCUCCAGGAAAACCAGGUGCACCAGGCAAGCGCAAGCAAACACAAAGGCAGGGAUCAAGGCCUGAGCCAAAACCAGGUCAAGGAAAUGAGCUAAGGCCAAAAACAAGACCCAGUACAAGAUCACAACUGAAAAAUGUGCCAAGAUCAAGACAAACACCCAGCCUCCUGAAACUAAGGGAAGGACAACAAAAAUGGCCCAGGCCAGUGUCCAGGAGAUGGUCUGAAGUAGAUGAGGCUGAGGAAUCCUUCAGCUGGCCGCAGGGAACUAAAGACGAUCCUGCCACCACCUGCUACGAGCUGGGACUCGUACACCCACAUCUGAAUGAUGGUUACUUUUACAUGGACCCCAACCAAGGCUGUCCCUAUGAUGCUGUGAAGGUAUUCUGUAACUUCACAGCAGGAGGAACAACCUGCAUUGACCCUUUACAGUCUCAGAUUAAAUUACGUUGGGAACCAGUAAAGAAGAAAUCAAAAACAUCUGUCCAGUGGUUUAGUCAGCAGCACGGUGAAAACAAGUUUGAGUAUGCUGGUGUGGAUGUUGUCCAGCUGAGGUUUCUGCGGUUACACAGCCACACAUCUUUCCAGAACAUGACUAUCAGGUGUACAGCAAACCACUCCAGUACUGCUGGGACAACCCAUUCAGCCAAUAGGAUUAUUCACUUCCUGGGAGACUCUGGCAAAGAAAUCCUUUCACACCUAACCACAGUGUACAGGAAAGGCUGUGAGGCGGAGGUGGUUGUGAUGGUUCGGGGGAGCACGGAGCUGCAUCGAGGUGAUAUGGAGUUACUUCCUGUCAGAGAUCUGGGUGUAGAGAUGAAGUCGCUAUCUCCCCUUGUCCCAGAAAUCACUGUUGUUUUGGGACCCCUCUGCUUUUUGUGACCUAUGCUGUGUGUGUGUGUGUGUGUGUGUGUGUGUGUGUGUGUGUGUGUGUGUGUGUGAUAUAAUGAACUGUAAAUAUCUCUUUUAUAUAAAAAGCAGGGAUAUAUGGUGUCUAGAUAUUUUGCAUGAACAAUUUCGUUUGGAUUAAUUUGCUCAGUGCUGUACUGUUUUGUGUAUAUUUAUUGAAUUGUCACAAGCUGAAUGAAUUGUUAGAUUGUAUUAUAUGAAGCAGUGAUACAUUGGUAUCUAAUGUUUAUGUAGCAACUAAUUUUAUUUGUUUUAAUGAAAUUGACUCGGAAGUAAGUGUUUAUAUCACAACUCAGUGUAUUUGGUGUCUCAUCAUCCUCACAGGGGGAGGAUGUACAGCACUAUCAAAAUAAAAGUAUGACUUUGAACAUGUGGAAUAAAAUCUAGCCAUGCGCAUCUGUUGUAGUUUUACUGAACCUGCCUGCACCAUACAGUAGAUGCUCAACUUAAAAUAGGUAUUAGUUAGAAUUUAGGUUAUAGCGUAGAUUUUUGCUCUUAGCUCUGUGAUCAUUAAGCUGUAACUAUUUUUUAUUUAUGUGUAGGUUGAGAUCUUACACCAAUCAAGUUCAAGUUUACCACUGAUGACACAGAACAUGCUGCCUCUUAAUAUCCCAUGGCAUGAUAGAAAACACAAUGUAUAACAUUUAUAAGUAUUAUGUUUGCUUCAUUCAUGUGCGUAGAGGAUGAGUUUUGUUACAUACACAAUAGGAAAUGAAAAGCAUCUGUCCAUCUAAGACAGCUACUAGUACUGUCCCAUUUAUUUGAGCCCUACUGUGACUUUCUACUCUUGUUUGUAGAAUUGUUGUGACAGAAAAGGCCUGCAGCCAGGCAACUGAUAUCAGAAUCGUCCAAGUUUGAUAUGCAUGUUGAGACCCCCUACCCCUCCUCCCUCAUACAUUCACUCAAGAUCUUUUUUUGCCCUUUAAUCAUGCACAACACAGUCUGAAAACAAAGUUGUGUUUGUAUGUGCUGGAAAGGUUGUCAUUAUAUUUGGUGCUGUAGUUGUUCAUCAUUUUCAUAAAUGCAUCCCAGGGUCUUUGCAGUUAAUUGUAUUUGCCACACUCAAGUCAUAAGACCAGUUUAAUUUGUGAUUUAGAAACCACCAUGCCUUACUUAGAGGAAACCAUCAAAGAGUAAA